AUGACUUCGAAAUCGAUCUUGAUUAGCGGCGGAGCCCGGGGAAUCGGACGGUGCAUGGCGCGAAAGUUCCUGGAGAAGGGCCACCGCGUUUACAUCCUCGACAUCGACGAGGACGAGCUCUCCCACACCGUCGACACUCACCUGAAAUCUCACCAUCCACGUAUCGGCUCGAGCAUCUGCAAUCUCCGGAACGUUAGCGACAUUCGCGACAAGGUCAAGAAGGCAGCUGACUUCUUUGACGGUCGCAUAGACGUCCUUAUCAACAACGGCGGCAUUGCGACGCCACAAUGGAAGGAUGGCAAGACCAUGAAGGAUCUGGACACAAUCGACGAGUGGCAGGCAUACGUUGAGACCAACCUUACGGCACCUUUCGCAAUGAGUCAAGCCUGCAUUCCAUACAUGAGAUGCGGCAGCUCUCACGACGCCAAACACAUCGACGCCGGCGGACCCUGCAUACUCCACAUUGGCUCUUUCCGCGCUCAUCAGAGCGAUCCGAAUCAGGAGGGAUACGCGUCUACAAAGUCAGGACAGCUGGGUCUUAUGCACUCGAUGGCAAUUAGCUGUUCGCCGUGGGGAAUUCGCGUCAACCUGAUUGCGCCGGGUCGUAUAAAGGUGGCUCACGAAUGUAAAGAGGGCGACGAAGAAGGUCGGCAAUGGUCGGACAUCCAUGAAGACAAGGACGUGGAAGACCAUCCCACAAACCGUGCUGGUAUGCCCGAGGAUAUUUUCCAGGCUGCGGAGUAUUUGAUUGAAGCGGGUUUCGUCACCGGUCAAGAGCUCACGGUCGACGGCGGAGCUUUGAAGAAGAAAAAAUAG